UACGGUGCAAGGCACGUAGAAAUCUGUGAUGUAAAUAUUAUUAUUGUAGAUGUUGAAAAUGAAAGGCGUAACUGGUUUGUAUAGGAAAGUAUAUAAAUGUAUAGUGGAACAAAGUCGGUGUUCAGUUUGCUGUUCGCAAAAUAAUGACCUAUGUUUACAAGUUCCUAAGUACACUCUCCCAUUUUUAUCAAGGAACAUCAAGUGCUUUUCCUCAGCUAAAGUCGAACAACAUACAACUUAUGAUGUUUUGAAUGUGUGUGAUAGAAGAGAUGGGGACACUGGCGCUGAAGAUUCUCCGUCUGAAGUAAAUGGAGAAACUAGGUACCCACUUUCGAAUUCGUGUACAGAAGAUCUCUCAACCUACGCACCAUAUUUCAAGCCAGCGUUUAACUUCGCUGCUUAUGUCAACAAAUCGCCGACGUUGCAGCAGUUAGUCAAACUCGGUGUCGAUUUACAUCGUAUUGAGAAAAGCAGAAACAGCCCGGAGUACAUACUGCAACUGGAUUUUGAGAGAGAUAUGAGUAAGCAUAUAAGGUUUCUGCAUGAUGUGGGUGUGCCACCAGAUGCACUUGGUGCAUUCAUAACAAAGAAUCCAUACAUAUUUAAAGAAAAUCUUGAUGAUUUGUCAACAAGACUAAAUUAUCUGCAGUAUAAAAAAUUUACUGCUGAUGGCAUAGCCAGAAUAGUAACUACAAAUCCAUAUUGGCUUAUGUUUAGCACCAAAAGAAUUGAUCGUCGACUUGGCCACUUCCAGAAGACAUAUAAUUUGAGUGGAUCAGAACUACGCAUGCUUGCUCAGAAGCAGCCAAAAUUAAUCACGUACAACUUGCACAAAGUGAAGGAGAGUACAUUUGCGAUUAAGGAAGAAAUGGGGUUCAGUGAUGAAGAAUUAAAGAAAAUGUUGCUUUCAACACCUAGGCUCUGGAUUAUAAGUCAAAAAUCUUUACUUUCAAGAUUCCAUUUUGUACAUAACGUGAUGAAGGUUCCGCAUGAACAAAUUGCUGCCUCUUCAAAAAUACUGACAUGUCGUGAAUUUAGAGUACGGCAGAGGCACCUAUUUUUAGUGGCACUAAAUCGGGCUCAGUACAACCCUAAAAAAGAAAGUUAUGUUUCUUUGGAGAAACUAGUCUCAGGCACUGAUACUGAAUUCUGUGAUACUGUAGCAAAGGCAUCUAUACAAACAUAUAAUGAAUUUUUGAAAACAUUGUGUUAGCAGAAUUUUUUGUAAGACACUUUUACUGUCUUUGUGAAUAAAGUACAUAUCUUUGUUUUGUUGCAAA